AUGGAACCCAUUGUGUAUGAGCAGUCGCCUCUAGCCGACUACCUCAAAGAUGGAGGAGAUGCUUCCGACGCCGACUGGGCCGCCGCUGAUGGCUCACCACGACUUUCCUCGCUGGAAUACGAGUCGUCGCCCCCGCCAAGUCCUUCGCCGUUUGCUCCCACAGGACGACCAAUGGUGAAAACUCGAUUCCGAGGCGAAGCCCCGGGCCUUCUGCAGACGGACGUGCCCAGAGCGCUCGGGGCGACGACAAGGCUGCAAUCCAUUAGGAGGAACUGCUCGGCCGCCGUGGUGGCGAGCAUCGACCGCGCCGACAAUUCUAAAUUUCUCGAGCAAUUCCGUUACACCAUCAUCGCGUCGCAGUUGCUGAGCGGCAUCUCGAUUCUGGGUCAUCGACCUACUGCCCCCGGCGUGCCGGGAGCGGACGCCGGCGACGAGCACGACCAGUCUCUUUUGGCCACGGAGGGAAUUCUCGCUUCGAUUCUUGCCGCCCUUACCAUUGCCGUUAUUCUGAGCUGGCUUCUCGGAAGCACACCCUUGCACGUCACGCGAAAACGGCUGGCCUUUUUAUUGGUCUUGUUGGUGGCCGGCUUCUUCCUUGGGAAGAUCUACAUGCGACGCCAACGGCUCCGCAACAAGCGGAAGCAAUCCCUGGCCGAGGUUGCCACGUUUGUUUCCAACUCGAACGAUUUCGACAGCGCCUCCGAGGCCACCCUGUCGCUUGUGCAGGAAGUAGAGCUUAUUUCUCGUGGUUACCGAAUCAGCACUCCGUUACCACCAAUCACUAGGCUAGAAGAUCGCAGCCACGCCCGAAAAUGCGUUCGACUGCGGAAAGCAUUGAAGAAGUCGUUUGCGGAUGUUUUGGAUGUCUACAAGCAAAUGGUAUAUCUGCUGCAGAGCCUUUCAGAGCAGACAGAGCUGGAAAAGUACCAUGACAUGUACGACAUCAACGACCUGGACAUUUCUGACGCUCUGCAAGGAUUCAGCGAGGGCGAGUUUGAAGACGCCGAGUCGCUUCGGACGUUGAAGAUUCUCGCUGCACGGUUCCACACGACGCGCAAAAUGCUGCUGUGUGCUUUGUUAGCUCUGGACGCCAACGGCGAGGGACCCGACCUGCACCGGUGGACAAGGGCGGUCGAGGUGCUCCAAAAGCUCAACGGAUGCACAGGGGCUGCGUUUCAAAAACUCCAGGGCAUCCUGAGCGAGGCUGAAUCAUUCCCUCUUCCUCCCACCCCCAAGGGUCCCCUGACGCCAGGCAGAGAACGCUGGCGCUCCCAGCUGCGAAAGUUGAACUCAUUGUCCACGGGCAUCCGAGGCUUGCAGGCAAAGCUGCACUUGCUGAGGGAAGAAUCCGACCGUGCGCUGGACGACUCCAGCGACAUAUCGGAUCUAGCACCGCACUUGACGUCGCAAUACGAAUCUAUCGGCGUGGAUCUCAAGGAGCUCAUGUCGGCGUGGGAGGAGGGCAAGGCGGCCCUGGCUGUCGGGAUCGAUAGGAACGAGAAGAGACUGUCCUCCAUGAGCACGCUCUUGUCCCCGAGAAGCUCCCUCAGCGGCCUGACGACGGUUGGCGAGGGCACCGCGGAAGAUGCCCUCAAGGCUCUGACGGGCGAAUCCCCUUCCGGGUCAGACGUGCAUGAGCCGAGCGAGCCGGAGGCGCCAGAGGUCUUUGAGGCCGUGGCACACCCACGACCGAAGAGCCUACUCACCAGAGAGGAACGAGUCAUCAAGAUGAAGGACGAGCGCGACCAAAAGGCACACGCCCGAAAACAGAUGGAAGCCACGCGGGGCAUGCUACGCGAGCUGGAGACGGUCAUCAACUUGCGGCCAAAGACGGGUGCCAGCGCCCCCCCAGCAAGCCGAGUGGUGUCCACGCACGCCCCCGACUCGCGGCUCUGCUCUCCGUCGCCAGCUGCGUCGCUAACGCCUCGCCAGGUCGUCGACGCCAUCAAGGACCUCGUCCAGGACUGCAACUUUGACUGCAAUGACUCGGGCAUCGCCCUGCAGGCCAUGGACAACUCCCACGUGGCGCUCGUGUCCAUGAUGCUCAAGGCCGAAGGCUUCUCGCCCUACCGAUGCGACCGGAACAUCGCCCUCGGGGUGAACCUCACGUCGCUGACCAAGGUGCUGCGCGCCGCCCAAAACGAGGACAUCCUCACCCUCAAGGCCGAGGACGCCCCCGACGUCCUGAACCUGGUCUUUGAGAGCAGCGAAAACGACCGAAUCAGCGAGUACGACCUCAAGCUCAUGGACAUUGACCAGGAGCACCUGGGCAUUCCGCAGACCGAGUACGCCGCCACCGUUGCCAUGCCCGCCGGCGAGUUUCGACGAAUCUGCACCGACCUCGCUGCCAUGUCCGAGUCUGUCAGCAUCGAGGCCAACAAGGACGGCGUCAAGUUCGCCUGCAACGGCGACAUUGGCAACGGCUCCGUCACCCUCCGCAGCCACACCAACGUCGAGAAGCCCGAGCUGAACGUCGACAUUGAGCUCACCGAGCCCGUGUCGCUGACCUUUUCGCUCAAGUAUCUCGUCAACUUUUGCAAGGCGGCCGCCCUGUCGAACCAGGUCAAGAUUUGCCUCUCGAGCGAGGUCCCCCUGCUGGUCGAGUACAAUCUGUCCGGCAGCAGUUAUCUGCGCUUCUAUCUGGCUCCAAAGAUUGGCGACGACGAGUAG